UUAUUAAGAAAUGGCUGCUGCGGCUCAUCUUUACUGUUAUUUGUAAACUUGUGACCAAAGCGAGUGUGUAAAGCUGCUGUUAGCACUUAUAUUGGGGCCUAAUUAAGCGAUAUUCCAAAGUUAGUGCUUAAUAAGCUGAUGUGGCCAUAAAAACCGCUUAAGUACAUCAUAUGCAAUUUAGCAAAAGUGUUGCAUUGGAUAUGUGAAUAUAUAUUUACUUGUAUAUAAAAAUAAACUAUUUACCUUCGAGUAAUGUAUUGAAGUGUUAAAGACGCUUUCAGUCAAAAUAUUAUUCAACAAAAUAUAAAAAAUACCAAAAUAAACGAAUUUUAUGCACAAUGCCCUCAAUCAGCAGUAAAGUUACGCCUUAAGUUUGCUUAUUAUUAUUUUCUUGUGUUUCCAAAGUUUUACGAAUUGCACUCUUGAUGAAUGAUCGAAAGCUGUGAAGCAUGUUUAGGAAAGUGUGCACGUGUUAAUAACAAGUUUUCGGAUUUUCUUUUAAUAAAACGAAAUAUCAAUAAAUGCAAUAAUGAUAUAUACGAUAUUUAUAUAUCCAAGAAAGGUAGAAUGUUAUAUGUGAAAGAAACUAAUAUUUUAUUUUUAUUAAAAAUAUGAACGACUGUAAUAACUAACAACGAAAAAUAAAAAAAAAACAUAAUAUAAAAAAAAAUUUUUCGAAACGUAUUUUCAAGUUGGAAAACUUUCAAAUUUUAUUGCUUGUGUCAUUCUACUUAUGCCUAUGUGACUGCGUGUCUUUGUGCUUAUGAGUGACUUGUGUUAAAACUUGUUUCACUUAAAAAACACAUAAAUAGAUUUUCCAUAGCAUUAAACACACACAUAUAAGUUAUUAGUGUUUGUGAACUUCGUAAGCAAUAACCAACAAAAACAACAACAAAAGAAAAUACUAAAACAACUUAUAUAACUACUAUACAUAAAACAAAGAAGGAUUUGUGUAUAAGCAGCAUACUUAACGGUAUUUUUUGUUAGCUGCUGCCAUCACAGCAUCAGUGUCCUUACAUUGGACGCGUGUGACGCGCCUAAACGUAUGCAAAGUACAUUUUGACCAAGCACCAAGUAUUUUUCACCUACGCAUAAUUAUACACAAAGUUCGCAUUGGAAAUAAGAUGCUGCUGCAGUGGUUCGUGAUUUGCCUGCUGGCCAUGCCCGUGCUGACAGGCACCGGCCAAAACUGCCCGGCGGAGUGCACGUGCAACGUAGAUGAGCACAAUCGCCGGCAGGUGAUUUGUACCAAGGGUGGCCUAAGCGCUAUACCAGUGAGCCAGAUCGACAAGGAUGUGCGUGUCAUUAUCAUCAAAGGCCCAGGCAACACGCUCACCAUCAGCCAGUUCUUCAAGAAGUACAUGGAUCUCGAGGUGCUGCGCAUCACCGACUCACAAAUCCCAUCAAUGGGUUCCGAAUGCUUCUGGGGUUUAGUAAAACUGCGCAUACUGGAUUUUUCAAGAAACAACAUCACAAAUGUAAAUCGCAACAACUUCCGAGGACAGAAUUAUUUGCACGAGUUGGACUUGUCCAAGAAUAAGAUACUAAACAUAUCCAGCACAACGUUUGAUCAUUUAACUGAACUCAAGCGACUCAAUUUGGCUGAUAAUUCAAUACUGGAAUUGGUUCCGCGCACAUUUUUCCUGCUCAACAAAUUGAAAUAUCUGGAUCUGAGCGGAAAUCCGUUACAAGAUCUGCCGCCGGAUGUAUUUCUCGAUUUGCCGGAGCUGCGCAUUUUCAAAUGCCGUAAUUGUCAAUUGAAGAAAAUCAAUCCGCAGUUGUAUAACUUAUUGCCGAUGUUGCAAGAACUGGAUCUGGGACGUAAUGAGUUCAAAUUCCUCGACAAGGACGAGUUUCGCGACGUCAAAAAUCUCACCAAAGUCCUACUUGACGGCAAUCAACUGUCAGUCGUUGUUGACGAGCUGUUUCGCAAUCAAAAGGUUCUGCAACAUUUGGACUUGUCGUACAAUCGGCUGGCGAAAGUGCCCAAUGACUCGUUUAAACAUUUGGGUAAUUUGACGUUCCUGGAUUUGUCAUACAACAAGCUGGUGCGACUGGAGCCACAAUCAGUGCGCCGACUGAGCAAUUUGCAAACGUUGAAUAUUAGCGGCAAUGUGCAGAUGAAUUUGCAUGACAUGCGAGAAACGUUCGAGGUCAUACCACAGCUGACACAUCUCUCCGUAGCCGAUAUGGGAGUGCUGCCGAUGGGACUGCUGGUGCCGUUCAAGCAGCUGCGCUAUCUCAACAUAUCCGGCAAUCAUUUGGACAAUAUGUCGCUGCAAGUAAUCGAUCCGUGCCGAGAGCUGGAGUUUCUGGACUUGUCGCGCAACCAAUUGUAUGGGAUCAACGAGGACACAGUGAUGCGCAUUCAGCGCAUACGCAACGUUCGACUGGACAACAACCCGCUGAUAUGCGACGAGUGUCACAUGGGAAAAUUAAUAAAUGUCGUGCAGCAUCUCCAGUGGAAAUGGGAGACAUAUCCGAUUUGCUUUUUACCAAAACCCUUGCGUGGCUCUGAAAUCACCGAUUUGGACAUAUCAAAGCUCCAUGAUUGCUUGGACUACAUAACCGAUGAGGAGCAGAAUGCAGCCAGUACUUCGCACAAUUUUCUUGAGCGAGGUGGCCUUAAUACUCUCGCCAUACUUGGUGGCAUCAUAUUGGUUUUAAUUGUUGUCAUUAUACUGGCUAUGGCUGUUUGUUUUUCCAAACGACGAGCACGUUACUAUACACGUGAGGAUCGACUGAACGGAGGUGAGAGCGGCAAAUGCAUCGAGAAAGGUUUGGAAGUGAGCAACGGAAAUGGCGUGAAUGGCGGCAGCCCUCCUGAACACGCUAAGACCCCUACCACGCCCACUAAUGAGAUCAACUUCAAAUUUCCCAUUGACGAUCGCGUCUGCACCAUUGAUGAACUGGUAUUGCCACCGGCGCCACCACCGCCAACCAAAGAGCCACCAUCACACCUACCACCGCCACCACCAACCACAGCAAAUAGCGUACUGAACAGUCUGGCUUACAGCAGUUGUAGCGGCAAUAAUACUGCCACCGCCAUGGCUGCAGUAGCCGCAGCCGCCACCGUCAUACCACCCGGCGCACCAUCGGCCGCGGGUGCUGCGUCAACCAUGUCGCCAGCGCAUAAUAAUCUGCCAUCGGAGGCAAUCGUUGUGGUGCUGCCCACACCGCCAACGCAUUAUAAAACCGAACAACAACUGCAACAACCGCAGCAACUGCAGUUGACCACAAUCGAACCGCUGAUCAGUGUGAACUGACCGACGGGCAUUGAUGUUGUAAGCGCCUCAGCCACCGCAACAGCCACAAAUAAAAAUGUCAACACACCGUUGGCGAUGGCGACGGCAUUAGCGUACUCGCCAUUGACUGCGAAAACGGGGAGAACGAUAGAAAGAGGAAAGCACGUGGCGUUUACAACUACGACGCACACAUAAGUGCUCUCUACCAAUAUGUACACAACUCCAAGUGUAGCGGAACGGAGUUAAAUUUUUUUAUCAUUCGAAAACCUUAAGCGAUAACUAUUUUAAGAAACAUACAAAUAAAAGUGUAUAAAAUGAAACAUGCGUGUGGUAAGCAGAAACGAUUUGAUUUGGAUAUUUUAAAAUACUUCAUAUACUGGUAUGCACCUCCAGACUGAACUUAGACUAUAUCUAACUUUGGACCUAGAGACCACGUUACUCUUAGUCUCGUUUUCAGACUCUGCUAAACACUUUACCGAGAUUCGAAAUAAACAUUCGGAUGUUUGGUUCGUACCUAAAACCUACACGGACAAUGGCGACUUCAACUAUCAAUAAAAUUAUUGCAUUCUAACUCGCUCUAUAAUUAUUUACAUAGUUAUUUUAGCCGAAGUUAACUCAAUACCGAUAUCAUAUUGCAUACUGUCGGACUGGGAGAAUUCGGUCACUUAUUUAAGCCUCUAUAUCCACUGACAUAAUAUUUCAUAAUAAUCUUCGUAUACAUAAAAAUACAUAUUUUUUAUCGAAUACCAGAGAUAAUCUAUGUAUUAGUCUUUGUUUUCUUUAACAAAGCCCUUAAUAUUCGCAUUUGUCCAGCCGCCGUUUUAUUAAUUCAUUACGGGUCGCAACCAAGAGCAUAACAUAUCGAACUUUAUAAUCCUCAACUAGGACUAGCUGGGUUCCCCUUUUUCGUCAAAUUUCUAGAAAUAUAUCAAGAACCUAUUUUUAGCGACGUGAUCGUCCGUGGUCCGAGGAUAUAUCAUGACUACUUUGUAUUUAAAAUAAUUCCACAAAAAAAAGUCAGUAGGUAUCAUAUCUGAAGCUCUGAAUGGUGACUCCAUAACUUCUUUUUCGGACGGUAGGCGUCCAUGGAUCUUAUGCUGCAAAAAGUGAAUAAUUUGAUUCCCAGUUUAACAGCGACCAUAAAAACCAUUUUCACGCAUUUGUUGUCGGGAAUAAUAAGUCAACAUCCAUCGAUAUAUGUAAAUAUCCAGCGAGGAUUUCGUUUUGUUUGACUAACUUUAGAGUGGAUCUAGAGAGAAUUUUGUGUUAUCUAGAUAUGGCAAUUCUACGAACUGACGCCGCCAGAUAGUUUAACAUAGCCUCCCAGAAUUUCGAAUCAGAUCCAUGGUACAAAUUAUACUGAACUUGGGCUUCCAAAGUUUAGUAAAUAUCGAAACGUACGACUCAGCCCAUCUCACCGCCGAUUUAAAGAAUUUCUUUAAACUAUUCCUCGUCCCAUCUUCCAGCGAGCUAGAACGUGUACAUGUAGUACAUAUGUAUAUACCUUGAGGGGAAUUGCAAUGCCGAACUUAGCAUACAUAUGUUUGCCUACACUGAUGCAUUAUAUACAGAUGGCGCAACUUCAUAUGCAGAGAGCAUUUCUGCGCUCGAAUGUAAUUGAGCCAUUUCCAUUGAUUUAAGUGCGGAUAUUGCGCGAUUACAAGAGAUGAAUCAAUUCCGCUCGCGCUAUCAUAUGAAUACGCAUAUGCGAAGAUACCUCUAAACACCGGAAAAAACAGUUUACAGUAUUACAAUCAUACAUAGACGCUGGUAGAAGAUUGCUGCCUUACAUGAGCGCACACAUACGCAGCAACAUAGUCAGUGCUUGAGCGCACUCAAUGCGAUAUGGUUCGCUUUCCGCUGAAUUUUAAUGUUUUAAUGGUGGAAAAAAAAAAUCAAACAACAGCAGCAGUUGCAAUACAAUGGUGGUUGUCAAAAAGAAAUUGGCACGUUAUGCUUGCUUCAUUUAAUGCUCUGCUUCUUCUCCUGCACUCAGCUUUGCAUAUAUGCAUUUCUUAUUUCCGGUGUCCAAUUAAAUAUCGUAAAGUCAGUAAUCAGAAAUUCCAUUUCUAAUUUAAAAAUACAAAAUAAUUUUCAAUCCAAUAAUUUCGAUAAUUUACCAUUACAUAUUUAUUUUGCGCCUAAAUGUAUACUACCGUCAUUAAAUAUUAAACAUUUUGGUAGCUCCUAAAUGUAUGCAUCAAUGAUAAUCGUUUCUGCUAAGAAGCGCGUGAAGUAAAAAAAUAAAUUUCAAUAACAGAUUUUGUUUACGAAUCUGUAACGGUUUAUGUAUGCGAAUAGAAAAAAUUAUGUGAAAACCUAAUGAAGCAUAGAAUUAGGCGCGGAAGCGUGCGGCAAACGUUUCAUUUACUUGAUAAGAGAGAUUAAGAUUAAAUAUUUAGUGUGUAAUACAUGCAUUUGUUAUGUUUAAGUGAUAGUGUGUAAGCUAAUGCUAAUUAUUAGGCUGUAAGUAGCGGCGACACAUUCAAAAUGUGAUACUAACAAAAAACAAUGUAUUUAGCAAAUUAAAGCAAGUAAUAUAAUAAAUUUGCGAAACUAACGAAACGAAUACUUAUAUAUAUAGGGUUAGUAACUUAAGUAUAUAUGUAAUGUAAUUUAUAUAUAUGUAUAUAUAAUAUGUAAAAUGCACUCAACGACAUUCAUACAUAUAUAUGUACCACUU